UGGCGGCAAGCGAACUGGGCGGGUUAUCUCAAAGUGGGAAUGGAGUGCUCCUAGAUUUACAGAAGUUUCAACUGACACCUAUGGAUACUGUUAAUGCUGAACAUUUGGAGCUCCUAAUAUUGUCGUCCAAUCCUGAGAGUGGUAUUGACAAGAGUAGCAGUGAAUCUGAGAAUGUUUCCACUGCUGUUGAAGUGGAAACUGUGAUGAUAGCAGAAGAAGCUGGAAUACUUGUUCCAGAUGAUAGUACUUCAUUGGCUGAAACUGCUGAAGGAAGUAACUCAUAUGAAGUUAACACUGCGGGCAACAAGCAGUUCAAAUGUGUACAGUGUGACAAGACGUUCUCAGGAGCUUCCAGUCUAAGCCGACACAUUAAAACCCACAGCAACAUAAAGCCAUUUAAAUGUGAUGAGUGUGAUAAAGUUUUCUCCAGAUUGUCAAGCUUGAAGAGACAUCAAAACUCCCAUGCUGCAGAGAAACCUUUUAAGUGUCAAGUAUGCGGAUCAAGUUUUAUCCAGAACUCUGAUCUGAAAAUCCAUGAAAGAACUCACACAGGUGAAAAACCAUUUUCGUGUGAUCGAUGCGAGAAAGCAUUUGGAUGCAAGAAACGGCUCAGGGCUCACUACAGGAUGCACACAGGAGAAAAACCCUACAAAUGUCCACAGUGUGAGAAGAGCUUUUCAAUGAGGAAAAAUGUGAUUCAACAUAUUCGGAUUCAUACUGGAGAGAGACCCUACACUUGUGAAGUGUGUAAGAAAAACUUUCGUCACCAACACACACUCAAAAAGCAUUUGCAACUUCACACAGUGAGACCAAAUUUUACAAAAUUAAGUGAUGAAGGGGGAGAUGGACAGUCAGAUGUAGCAUGGCCUAGAAAGAAAAAAGGAACCAAGUCAGUGCCAAAGAACCCCAGUGUAUUCAGGACAGAAGAAUUGAAGAAAGUUGUCAAAAAGUCUGACGGUGUACCUGCUGUAAACAGUGACAAAGGGGAGAAGAGUGAAGCAUCAGAUGCUAUACAGGAUACACAGAGUGUAACUAAUGAGGUGGAACAGAGCACUGAGGCCCCAGACAGAAAUGAAGAGGCUCAUUCCUCACAGAAGAUUCAGAAAUUUGUUGUAGAGACCCUGAAUAGUGACCAUUUGCUGUUGCUAACACUAGCAAACAGUGGAGUUCAUGUAAGUAGUGGUACAGAUGAACAUCCACACUCAACUGCAUGUGCUGAACCUGUACUAGGCACAACAGUCGAAGGAAAUACAGUAAAGGCUAAUGGCAGAGAGGAAGUUACAAAUGAUGAACACCUCAUGACAAAUUUGGCAGGCCCAAGUGAGGAACUCCCCGAAGAAACAUUCAUGAAUGGUGAUAAAUUCAAAUGUCCUCAAUGUAAUAAGUGUCUGUCAGGACCAUCAAGUCUCAGUCGUCACAUCAGAACACACAAAAAUGAAAAGCCUUUCAAGUGCGAUCAGUGUGAUAAAGUGUUCUCCAGGCUGUCAAGCUUGAAGAGACAUCAAAACUCCCAUUCAGAGGAAAAACCCUUCAAAUGUCAGGUGUGUGGGUCAAGUUUUAUACAGAACUCUGAUCUAAAAAUCCAUGAAAGAACUCACACAGGUGAAAAACCAUUUCCUUGUGAUCGAUGUGAGAAAGCAUUUGGAUGUAAAAAACGUCUCAGGGCUCACUACAGAAUGCACACAGGAGAAAAACCCUACAAAUGUCCACAAUGUGAGAAGAGCUUUUCAAUGAGGAAAAAUGUGAUCCAACACAUUCGAAUUCAUACCGGAGAGAGACCAUACACAUGUUGGGUGUGUAAAAAGAACUACCGUCACCAGCAUACACUAAAGAAGCACAUUCGAAUGCAUGCAGAUAAAAAUAAGAAUCUGGACAAUUGUAUCCAGAAAAUUAAAGGACAGCAGCUGAAAGGAAGUGUUGAGAAAGACAAUGGGAGUAAUGAGAGGCUGAGAGAUGAAGCUGUUCUGUCAGAACUUAGUGAACAGACUGCACAGGUGGAAAAUGGUCAGUCUGAUGAUUAUGAUGGAAUGGACAUUGAUAAACAGUGCAGAGAGAACAAUCCUCAGGAAGAGGCUGAUCAGAGAAAACAAAUGGAAAAUUCUGAACAGUGUGAACAAAGUCAAUAUUCAGAAAAACCUGCCAAGACCCCAAAAGAAACAGAGCUUGGCAAACAACAGAAUGGUGAGCAAAAUGAACAGAAGAAAAGUGUAGAACUUAACAGUUGAACAAAACUACCUGAAAGUACUCAACAAGUGGAUUGUAUUAUUCAAAACUUACAGGUAGUCAAAAUGUUCAUCAGUUAGAAAAAGCCCUGCAAAGAGAUUUUUGGGAACAUUCUAAAUGCACAAAGGAAAUUGAAGGGAGUGAGCAAACCUAAAUUCUGUAUCAUGUCAUGAUAACAAAUGGGGAUUGAAAGAAAAGUAGGCAAACUGAAGAAGCUACAGUAAGAGACAUUGUGAACAAAUAAUAUUGAGUGAAAGCACCAUAUUCAAACUGACUAAAACUGCUGACUGGCAAAAACGUUUUUAAUCUUAAUUGUUUUUAAAAUGAACAACCAAAAGUUGAGGAAGGGAUAGAAUGCUUAUGUCUCUAGUUACUUUAAAGUUGUUAAGUGUUAAAGUUUUUUGGCAAGGACAGGAGUCAUUCGUGUUCUUUCUUUCGUGGAAUUUCAGUUAAGAAAUAUGUUGGAGCAGUUUGACAGUCUUUCUUUUAUGUGAGUUAUACUGCAUUAGAAUAAUCAUAAAAGAAACAAUUUGGUAAUUAGUUCCACCUGAGAUUUGCUUUAAAUAUAAGAGGGCAUGUACAAGAUAAAGGCUAAGUCUGUUUAGGAGCCAAAUGGCUCAUCAGGCCGGGGCUUAACUCCGGUUUCUAUAGCAUGAGGCAACUAGGAGUAUUUCUACUCCCCCAUGGAUGGGAUGCUAGUCCAUCACAAGGUUACCCCUCUGCAUAAAAUUUGCUGGUACCCAUUUAAAAACCUGGAUGAGGAGAGGGCACUGUAAGAGUAAAAGUGUCUUGCCUACGAACACAACACAAUGUCCUUGGCCAGGGUUUGAAGCCAUAUUGCUUGAUCCAGAGUAGACUGCACUUACCAUGAUGCAACUGCACCUCCCCAAUUUACAUGAGAUUAUGUUAAAUGGUCGCUUAAUGAAAAGAUACAUGUAUAGGUCUCAUGAAAGAUGAAAUGUGUAACCCUGUUUAAAAUUAACUGCCUUGGAAAGUGAAAAACAUUAGGUCAUCUAAAGAGGAAGAGUUUUGUGACAAUAACUAACAAAAAGUUGUACUGUAAGUAUGAUUUAAGAGAGCUGUAGAAUAUUUUAUUGCUGGUUGACAAUUUAUUAAAUUUAAGCUACUAGUAUAAGUCUUUUUUUUUUAACCAGUGAAGCUGUAGAUUUGUAUCAUAACUGAAAAAAAGUUCUUAGUAUAUUGUAUGUUGUAUAUUUGUUACUUAGUUAUUUGGGUAAAACCUACAUAGGAUAUUUUUUAUUGUUUUUUUCAUCAUAUUAACAUAAAGACCUUGUUUCUUAACUUUGUGCAGGUUCCAUCUUAACCUCUUUACUC